AAGCCAAUUGCGCAAUCACACAACAACGAAGGAAUGCUCGAAAUGAAUCGCCCGGAACUUGGAAAAUCAAAGACACUCGUUCCAGAGACAGAGCCAGAAACCGGCAGCUGCCCAGCUUCAGCGUACUCGUACUGCUCUGAGACUCGGUGCAAUUCAGAGCACAGCAGCUGAAUUGGGCCUCGUACCUUUCAUGCACGGAGUGAUUUUGCUCGUUUCGAGCGCGGCAGUGCGAAUUUGUCGACACGCGUCGUAGAUGACGGACGGGCGGACGGAGACAUGGUGAAUAAUUCUGCAGUUUGGACAUUGACAGUUUAAUUUGAAUGAUGCGAAUGGGCUUCAAGUCCUGUCGGGUUUCCAGAACCUGCCUUCGAUUGUUUGUGGAUCGCGGUUCAGAGCUCCUGGCUGGAGCUGGUGGACCUGGAGCUUUUCAGGAGGCCUCAAUCAUCUUCAGAGAAAAUGGAACGACCUUUCCCAGAGCUGGUGUCACAGAAUUGGCUGCGCCGAUUCCAUGGCGAUCAGCUGGAGCCGGCCGGUGCGUUAGAGGUUUUAGGAGCAGCGCCUCGGGCGCCUUCUGGAAUAACGACGACGAUGAGCCCCCACGUUUGUUAGUUGUGCAGCCGCGAUUGCAUCCACUCCCAGUCUUGAAAGCCAAACUGCUGGAGGCUUUGCGUCUUGCAGAUUCAUUGGAAGAUCCGCGAAAUGUCGACAAGGGGAAGAAGCAGCGCAGGGAGCCGUCACCGUACGUUUUGGUGCAAAACCCCUCGAAUAAAUUCUCCCGCAAAUCUCCAAAAAGAAUGCACGCAGGAGCAUAUUUUGGACCAGGAACCAUCGAAAAUGUUCUUGCUCACGUUCAUGUGGCAUCCACCAAGGGUAGACUAGACGCUAUAUUUGUCAAUGCGCCACUAUCAGGCGUGCAACAAAGAAACCUAGAGAAUGCGUGGGGAAAGCCUGUACUUGAUCGAGUUGGUCUUAUUAUCGAAAUCUUUGGAGCUCAUGCACAGUCGAAAGCAGCCAAACUUCAGGUAGAGCUGGCAUCCUUGAAUUAUUACAGGUCUCGGCUGGUGCGUGCUCGAGGUAAAGCUGGAGCAAGACUUGGUUUUGGAGCAGGAGGUGAAUCCGAGGUUGUAAGUGCUCGUGGACGGGCAACUGGAGCUAUCGGCGGUGCUGGAGAGACAGAAAUUCAGCUACAACGUAGACGGAUUUUGACAAGAAAGACUCGGUUAAAGGCAUUGCUAGCUGAAGUUGAUCGGACUCAGACGUUACACCGAGCUGCCAGAACAAGAGAGGGAAUUACACCAGGCCAAGGGAAAAGUCUUCCUGUUGUGGCAGUCGUGGGAUACACAAAUGCGGGCAAGUCGUCACUUGUUGCAGCCUUAUCGCGUAGCGACAUGUACGUAGAUGACAAGUUAUUUGCAACCUUAGAUACACGGUCUAGGAGGGUUGUUCUACCUUCAGGGAAAAAAGUCAUACUUAGUGAUACAGUAGGCUUCAUCUCAGACUUGCCAAUCCAGCUAGUGGAAGCAUUCCAGGCAACUCUAAAUGAGGUGGUUGAAGCAGAUUAUCUUCUGCAUGUAAUUGAUAGCAGUGCCGCAAACGCUAGUGAGCAACGAGAGACAGUGUUGGAGGUCCUUCAACAGAUAGGAGUGUCGAGACAUAAAAUGGAAAAUUGCAUGAUCGAAGUCUGGAAUAAGAGCGAUUUAUCAGGAAAGGAGUUCGAGAUUACUCAAUCAGAGGACCUUCCCGAAGGAGCAGUGAAAAAUACCCUCAGUGAAGUUUUGUCUACUGAAGCGGAUGGGUUGGAUAUGGCGGAAGACAGCCUCGUUACUCAUCCACUGAAGAUGGAACAUACUGAUAUUGAAACCUUAAGUGACGGAGCUGAGCUGCUGGAUUUAGAAUGGGCUCGUGAAGGUGUCUCUUGUGUGAGUACCUCCGUACGAACAAAAACAGGUCUGGCGGAACUUUUGCGACUUUUGGAUAGAAAGAUACAAAGUGAUUGGGCUGAAGAAGGACUUAUAUUGUCAGAAGAAAACCUCACAACCGACUCGGUUGAGAAAGAAAUAGUGCGAUGAAAAUUCGGCGAGUUCAUCAAUUUAGACACCAUAAGCAGAUAUGGUCUGGAGAUGACCUAUCAUGCGGUACUUGGAAAUGAAGCCGUUUUGACACUACCAUUGCAUGCUUCACGACACGCAGUCCUGUCCUUACCCAACAUUUCAAAAUUUAGUGAGUUUUAUCGUCUGCAACCAUCGUGAUCUACAAAGAAUGUUGUCGAUGGUGAUUAUCUGUGCUUUGGUUCGACACGUGUUUGUGAAGGCAAGGAGAUUUAGGCGCUAUGUGAGGAGUGUAUGUGAAUAUACUUGGACACCUCUUGCUUGAGACUGAAGGACCAAUCACUCAGCGUCAAGUUGCCACCUCGAGAGAGACUUUCUAAGUUAAAGCUUGAGAAAGAUGAUGGAGAAAAUCGUUUCCGGCUCUCUCUCUCUCUCUACUUUAUAUUGCAAUUAUAUCAGGGACCCCUCCUCUUGUCUUCUAGGUGUUUGAGAAGAAAACUUUUGGCAGUUCUUCUUUG